AUGGCAUCACUUCCAAAUCUGCUCCGCGACAGCAAGAUCAACGCGCUCAAGGAGCGGCUGAGACGACUCAGAUCCCAACCCAAAGUCCAACAACAGCAGCACCAACAAGAACCACAAAACCCAAAACCCGCCGAGGUUCUCCGCACCUUCACUGCCGCCAAGAAGCGACAAGACAGCGCCAGCGCGCUCCACAACAAGGAAUGCUUCAACAAGCUGUGGGCGUUGGGUCGUGAGCCGGACCGGCUCGUCGCCAACCCGCGGCUCCACGUGAUAAACAUUUCGCAGAUCCGGCCGCGGCGCACGGGGCCCGAAGACGUCAGGAAGCAGAGUCUGCUUGCGCUCGAGGUCAGGCCUGAGGACGUUGUUGACGUGGAGAUGGUAGAUGGUUGGAGUCUUUCCUCUGAUGAUUUGGAGGAGCACGAGGAAGAAGAAGAAGGAGGAGCAGAGGCUGACGAUGCUGAAGAGGCUGGAAAUGAUAGCCCGCUGUCUGUCAGCCCGCUGUCUGUCAGCCCGCAGUGCCAGGAGACGUCCAAGUGCGAGGGAUUUGAUAGGCCAAAUCACUUCUCCGUGGCGAACUUACGCAGUUCGGAUUCGGAUCAAGAGGAAGAAGAAAAAAGGCCGAUGGCAGUAAAUGCUGAACAGACCGAGAAGGUGGACCCGGCGCCUUCUCAGCCACUAUAUGAGAACCUCCGCGAGGAAGAGAAAAGCUUGCUUGGCUUGCUACGCUUCUUUGACAGGGAUUGCAACGCAGAGGUGAAAGAGGACCCGUCAAUGACAGAUAUGAGCAAGGGUCUUUCGAGGUCUAAUUCGAACGGCGGCUGGGAUAAUACGGUCUGGGUCGUGGAUGCUGAUAAUUCAAGUCUUGGGUACAGCCAAUCGGGUAACGGAUAUUGGAUCAAGUGGUGA